AUGAGCCCCGAACGCCCAUGCCUACUUUGCACUAGCGCGACGGUGAGUCCCAAUACGUAUCUCAAUAUACGCACUACACACGACCUCCACAUACGUGGGAGGCCGUGCACCAAACCCAGGAGCGACUCCGCCGCCACUCCGCGCUCCCGCCCACCUUCUCCCCCAACAUUUGGACAGCCACAGGGCCACUGCAGAUACUACGCGCCGGCCCAACGCCCCCCUGACAUCCGCAUACACCUUGGACACAACCCGCACAGACCCUCCUACCUGGUGGGCACUACUCUCCCCUGCUCGUCCGGGCACGAGUACCUCACCCUCAUAGAGCGCGACGGCCAGACCGACGACCUGGCGACGCCCUCAAUACAGCUCUGGCUGACGCCGGCCCACGCCCGCUCACCUCGUACACUACUCUCGCCACUCCCCAGACGGCCACCUGCCCUCCGUAUAACCUACACCCGGUCCUCCCCCUACGGAGAUACCACUAGUCCAGGAACGAAGCCCAUCAUCUCACCAUCUCCUGGAACUCACCCCCCUCCGUCAUCACCUAUGAACAUCCUCACAGCACGAUCAUGGUCACGACACCACUAUCCAACCUACGGGGACGUCUCUGCCUACGCCACACAGUCUCACACAACGACCCUUGCCGCGGACCGUCUGACCUCGUCCACUGGAUCGACGCUGGCAGCAGACGCCGUGCCCACCUCACCAAUCGACGACGACCUCAUCGCUGCCAAGAAGGCGCGGUCGUCUACGCUUGAGGGCGAGAACGUCGCGGUUAGCACCCCCUCCUUAUGUCCCAUGAUUGUCCCUAACACCCUUCCCGUACAGCCUGCCAGCGGAGUCGCAAGGACCACCGCUACCAUCCGCCCACUGAGAGGGGCUAGGAGAGCGCAACCGGCGCCGGAAGCCAUCGUCAACGGCGUGGUACUGUCCAUCACCGACAACGUCGCCGACUCGGCCAACCGCUUCGCACCCCUCCUAGCCCUCGGAGAAGGCGAUCCCACCAACCUCGACUUGCCCACUCCGGCUGCGCCUCCUUCUUCCCCUGAACUCGCCCUGGCCCACACCACCCACCCAGACGUUCACGCCACCCCUGCGAUCGUCUACCUUGGUACCUCGGUCGUGUCUCCUGCGAGGCCUACUCACCUGUUAUCAUCUGCUGCCAACGCGGCUACCGGUCACCCGCUCGCGGUCCAGGUGAAGGAGGAACCCCUCCCUGACCACUCUAUGUCGAAGCGCCCCUUCACCGCCGCCGGAAUCCUUGUCGACUCCCCCAUGAUGAACAUCUCCGACGCGACCUCCCCUGGCCCUGAGGACUACCACAUUCUCGAGGGCGACGAAGUCGAGCCCCCCCUGACCCACAUGGCCCCUGGGGGCACGAUCUAUACCUCGGAGCCCCCCGAGGGCUGGGCGAUCACGUACCUUGGCUACCUUCCAUCGCACGGUCAAGACGUCGACCAGGUCAAGGUAUGGGAUGGACUCCAUGGCAACAAAGUGUGGUUCUAUACGUCCAACCCCCGGUACGAGGAGAACGCGACACGAACAGUCGCCCUCUCGCGUCAAGCAGUCGCGGGCCGACUCGGAAUGGUUGGGAAGGAAGUCAUGAUCGGCGUCCCGACCCCGGCCACCAACACUCCUUCCAACGGUCGCCACCCCUUCCCGCAUUGCUAUAUGCUGAACCUCCCGCGCAAAUGGAUGAUUCAAGUCCUCCUCUGCCAGCGCGUUCUGUGCACCAAGGAGAUCACUCUCUUCUUCGUUCCCUGGACCCCGAGACGCCCCGGAUACCUUGGCACGGUGGAGGGUUUCGCGCUUGGCGCGGACCCGGACGAAGUCUCCUCGGCCCUGGCCGAGAUCAAAUUCUUUCUCCGGGCCAAUCAAGAGGCCGCCGUCUAUCUCGAAGAGCACAUGCACCUUCCCGACCCACAGGCUUACACCCGCGUCGUCGACUCGAUCACGAUCACCGCCGUGCGCAUCUUCGGCGAAGGUGGCAAACCCCUGGUCGUCUUCAACGUAAUCUGCCAUGACCUCCCUGAUCUCUCGGUCCUGGACUUCCAGGGCUGGACCUCCAUCAUCCGGACCACCGUCUUCACCUCGACCUUCUUCGGGCGCGGGUCCUUCCGAACAGGGACCCGCCAGUUCAUCUGCACCUUCUGCCGAAGCUUCGACCAUCCGACCGGGCUGUGCCCAUUCCCCCUCGCACCCGGAUGGCUUGGCCCCCAACGCGCCCAGGACUCUGCAGCCGCGACCGGCAUGUUCAUAUCAGCGGGACCGAGCGCUCCCGCGCCGGCAUCGACGGCAACCAAGACGGGGAAUGCCAGGACGGGAAAUGGCAAGGGCAGAGGUGGGAAGGGUCGUAACCGCCGCCUCUAA